AUGAACGACACGUUAGACAAUGAACAAAGCUUUUUAGAUCGCAGAGCCCAAGGGAUCAAUACCCCACUGGUACCGACUAUCACCGAGGCUGACCUAUUAGGAGAUGACAAAAAUGUUCCUUGCAAUUUUGAUCUCUUCAAAAAUCUUCGACAGCAAGAUAUCGAUUGGGUAUCUUGGACGCCGCUUGAGAAGAUUUAUCAGAUCUUAAGUCCUUACGGGCACGCUACUCUCAUACAUCCUGGAUUUUCGUACUUUGCCAUUGGCACUUCAAAAGGAAGUGUCGUUAUCUUCAACUACAAGCAAUUUCUUCAGGUGGUGUUACUUCCUGCAAGCGAAUGUCUAACGUCUAAUGUCACAUUUAUUAAUACUUCAGUUGACGGUACGCACAUCGCUGCUAGCUUAGAAUCUGGACACGUCUUUAUUUGGGAUCUGAAUAGCGGUUCUCGCGAAAGUGGGGCUGCGGGCGGACACCACGAACUACUUCCAAUUUUACACAUUACAGAACACGAGUCUCGCACGGUGACCGGUUUAGACUUCUUGUCCGAGCGGCACACUGCUGUUGUUAUUAGUGAUGACUCUGGAAAUCUCGCUUACCACAGCGGGUUUCGAAAAGGAAUCUGGCAACUAUCAUACUCUACCAUCGACCUCGCCGCAUCUUCACCGACAAAGGACUUCUCUUUUGUUUCGGCUGGUUAUCCAGGAACUGCAAACCUUCCAUUUUCAGACCUGCAACCUGUUGCGGUUUUAUCUGGCUCAUCGAUCUCGCUUAUAUCUGGAAAUAAAUUUAGCUUAUGCUAUUAUGAGCAGUUGAAAAUGUCAGUUGACAGUACCAGACAGGUAAUUUGGAGUAAGUGCGGUGCCUCUGUUUGUUAUUUCAGCGCAAAUCUUUUAGAAGUAUUGAAAUUCAAGUCUGUCAGGCCUUUAAAUAAGCUCAUCAUAGAGUAUAAGGUAAAAUGGGUGUGCCAGGAACCGUUGAAAAAAAUUGAAUGGUUUUCGAGUAAUUUUAUCGGAGUUCUUACUAGUUCGGAUAAGUUUAUCCUCUUGAGUAUACAUCAGAAGAUCCGCCAAUUCGAGACAAUUGACCUGUUGCCGAUAAGUUUACUUCGUCCUGUGGAAAAGAGCUUAGCAUCAUUUAGCGGACAAGUAAUCGUGUUGACAAAUUACAAUCUGCAGAGAGGCCAAUUUCUUUCAUGGUCCGACAUCAUUCUCAGAUUUGUGCAGAAGGGCGCAUACAUGUGCGCCCUCAAAAGCAUACGGUAUUUUAUGACAGAGCCAAAUUUACCACUGUCAAUUCUUAGAUUACAGACAGACUUUGCGGCAAGGAAAACCCAACUGUCUCAGCCUUUGCGAAAUCUGUCGGUGGCGAGUAUUCGCCAAAUUUUGAGCACCAGAAGUGUGGAAAUAUCCGAGCAUUUAUUACUUGAAAUAAUACCGGAGGCGCUCUCGAUCUACCAACUAGUCUUCCAUGACGAGAAUGAAUCACAGUGCUUUAUUGAACAAGCUUUUGAGCAAAUUCCUGAGCAGACCAAGCAAAUAUUUCUCUCAACUUUAGUUUCAUUAAUUGAACGAGGAUUCAUCACCACGGUAACCCCUAUUGUCUUCAGUGAGUUGUUAAAAUAUGGUGCCAAUUCUGAAGACCCACAUACCAUUCGGCUUUUGAUUCUCAAUAUGGAUCUCUCUUCAAUGGACUUGAAUUUUGCGGUACGCUUAUGUCAAAAACGUCGUUUCGAUAGAGAGCUUAUCUAUUUAUGGAACGUAUCGUCAGCGGACUACCUAAGUCCGUUUGUAGAUCUCCUGGUGGCACUUGGAGAUUGUCCCGGUAUUCCUCAACUGCUCAGAAUUGAACCGGCUGCUGCUAGUAGUCUCAUUUACGACUACUUAUCAUUUGUUAUGACAAGUAGGAAGUUUCCCACUGACUAUGAAAUUAAGCCGCCAUCCUUCGCGUACGAUCUGAAGUUAGAGAUUUGUUAUAUUCUUUUCAAUGGUGCGCUAGUUGAGUGGCCGCCCAACUCCCAGCGAAAGCUUUUCACCCGUCGAGAUCAUAAUGGCGAGCCAGCUUUCCCCUAUAUGGAAUUGUUGCUGAGUUGUGACUUAAAAAGAUGUCUAGCUAUGCUACAUGAAAUUCUUGAGGAUUCAUUCUUCGAUGACGAAUCUAUUUCCCAGAGACAAUCAAGAGAAAGUCAUGAUUUUAGACUUCAGGUUAGUAGGCAAUUCGUUGUGGACUUGAUGUUAGACAGAUUAAAAUUGAACAUUACUUCGGAUGAAAAGGUACAUAUCAUAGUAUUCAUUUUUCGAAACCUACCGAAGUAUCCUCAGUUCAUAAGAGUGUCGAGCCAGGUGGUCGAGAGGCUAGUUUCACUUCUCUGCACACAGUGCCCCCUAGACCUAUACAAUGAUGCACAAUGCAGCUUAGAAGCCCUCGUGGCAAGCCAUAUUCUCAACGAUAUGAAGCCGUUAAUCGCUCCACUGAAACUUAAGAAAUUUGAUCGUGUGUUGUUUCUUGCCUAUAAACAGCUUUGUGCCUACUCAGAUUUAUUGGAAUUGCGCCUUAAGUCAGACCUGCUGGAAGGUCCUGACAACUCCGUGUUAGAUGUCCUCCGUUUUUGUUUGCAACACACACGCAAAGAACACGUUGAGCGAAGCUUUGUAGUUGAAGCGAUCUUACAAAAUCAUGAAGUUGUCCUUCAGCAAGAACACUCAGAUGUUAUCGACAUAUUCGACGAAUUUGAAGCAGAUUUGCAUGUUGAAGUUUUAAAGAAAGCUGAGAACUCUAUGAAACUCUCAUAUUUGCUCGAAUAUUUCAGAUUUCACAGCGUCCGGAUAUCGUGGCAGUUUGAAAUGUUAUGUGAACUAUUCGUGUUGCUGUCCGAGAAACGGAUGGAAAAUGAUAUCUCUGAUAUGCUUAGUAGGGUUAAGCUUUCUUUUGUAGAAUACCAAAAGAUUCUAGAGAUUCUUAGAAACGGUAAAUCAUUUUACGGCUCAAUAAUAGUUAAACGUCGGAUGAACGAUUUGGAGGGCGUGAUUGAGGACAUAAUCAGCUUUUUGAACGUUUCCGAAGACGAAAAAUGUUGCAAUGAACUUCUCGAGUACGCUAUAGAAACUUGCAUUACCGCCGAGGGUGAUACAGCGAGAUAUUGUUGGUCCAAGCUUUUUAUUUUCCUAGUUUUGAAUUCUGGCAAUGCGCGCGAUGCGGAUAAUAGCUACCACAUUGCAAUCAAAAGGCUUUUAGACGAGCUGACGAGGCUCAGCUGUACAAGCACAAAGAAGUCUGCAGAAAGCAUAAUGGGGGAAGUUCUCACACUUGCGCUAGAGAGCCAGGAGCUGAUACUAACAAAGGUUCGAGAAUUGGCUCCUCUUUUUGGUGAGAUUAUUAAUUUGGCAGAUGUUGAUCAACAAAUAUUUCUACAUGUUCUGAAUAUUGUGAAUCAGUCGUCGUUUUCGGUCGUUUUAGACUACGAGAGAGCACUUCAGAGUGGCUGGUCUGUGAGCCAUAAUGACUGCGAAGUAUGCGGGGCAAAAAUAUGGGGAGUUGGUCUUUCUAGUGACGUAUUUGAUGUUUGGAAGCAAGCACAGAAACUUCGUGCAAAUCAAUCGAAUCCCGAAGAACUCACGAGGACCUCAAUCAUCUUGUUCAAAUGCCACCAUGGCUUUCAUCAAAAAUGCUUAAGAAAUUUGGGACAAAAGGUUGAAUCUUAUGAGUGUCUUCUGUGCUCCAAAUAA